AGAAAUUUGCAGUCCACGCAGAGUCCCAGUCGUAUUUAAGUUCUUUGCCUGCCCACCCGCUUUCAUACUCAAGUAGUCCCUCUGGUAUUUUUUAUCUCUGAUCGACUUAGAAUCACAGCAUGGACGUAUCAACACUCCUUCAAAGCUCACUAUCGACGGAUCAAUCCAUACGUGAAGAUGCCACUGCAAAACUCGAGCAGAUGUCUCGAGAGAACUACGCUGCCUAUGUAGCCGUCCUUAACCAAGUUUUUGCAAGUGAGCAAGCCGAUGGCACGCUACGACAGCUUGCGGGAUUGGCACUUAAGAAUUCCUUGGUUGCAAAGGAGAAUGUAAGGAAAGAAGAGUAUGCUCAAAGAUGGUUAUCGGUUGAACAAGGUGUCCGUAAUGAAAUUAAGCAAGCUGCAUUGAGGACGUUUGGAAGUGCUGGUAUUGCACGUAGUACAGCACCUCAAGUAGUGUCUGCUAUAGCUGAAAUUGAACUUCCAACAAACCAAUGGUCAGAAUUGAUCCCAACCCUGUUGGAUAACGUUACCAACCAAGAAAGCGCUUUGCAGCGUCAAGCUAGCUUGCAAACUCUUGGCUAUAUUUGUGAAUCAACAGAGCCAAUGGUGCUUGCUAUUAAUGCAAAUGAAAUUUUGACGGCCGUUGUUCAAGGAGCUAGAAAGGAGGAAACAAAUGAUGAUGUUCGAAUUGAGGCCCUCCAUGCCCUUUACAAUUCUUUAGAGUUCAUCAGAGCAAACUUUGAGCGAGAGGGAGAAAGAAAUUUCAUCAUGCAAGUCGUUUGCGAAGCUACUCAGAGCAGUGACGAACGCAUUCAAUUGGCUGCAUUCGAAUGCCUGGUACGCAUCAUGCAUUUGUAUUAUGACAAGAUGCGUUUCUACAUGGAAAAGGCCCUUUUUGGCUUGACGGUCCUAGGAAUGAAUUCUGAGCACCAGGGUGUUGCCCUUCAAGCUGUAGAAUUCUGGUCGACGGUGUGCGAUGAGGAACUAGAGUUGCAAGAGGAAGCAAAUGAAGCGUUUGAAGUCGGUGAGCAGCCAGAACGGGUCAGCUUUGACUUUGCAAAGACAGCAGCACCUGAGAUUUUACCAGUUCUCUUGUGGAUGCUGACCCAGCAGGAGGAAGAUGCUGAUGAAGAUGAAUGGAAUAUCGCAAUGGCGGCUGGUACUUGCCUUGCUCUGCUUGCACAAACCAUUACAGACCACAUCGUGCCACCUGUCAUUCCAUUCGUAGAAUCAAACAUACAAAGUACCGAAUGGCGAUACCGUGAAGCGGCUGUUAUGGCAUUUGGCUCCAUUUUGGAAGGACCAAAUCCUCAGAUUUUAACUCCUCUGGUCAAUCAAGCACUGCCGACUUUGAUUAAUAUGAUGCGGGAUCCUGAUGUCAAUGUGAAGGAUACUGUCACCUGGACACUCGGUCGCGUCUCUGAUGUGUUGGUGGAGUGCAUUAAGCCAGAUAUACAUCUUCCGCAAUUGGUAUCUGCCUUGGUGUUAGGUCUUGAAGACAAUCCCCGAAUUGUCGGAAACUGCUGUUGGUCUCUUAUGAACCUUGCCGAACAGCUUUCCAAUGCCGAUGAUACAGACCAAGAGACUUCGCCAUUGUCUCGAUAUUUUGAAGGCGUCAUCACUGCCCUUCUUCGCAUUACUGACCGCCCUGACAACGAAGCAAACUCUAGAACGUCAGCAUAUGAAGCGAUAUCCACGUUUGUGUCCACAGCCGCAAAAGAUUGCUACCCUAAUAUUGAAAAGGUCGCCAUCACAGUGUUGGAGCGCUUGGAGCAUACCUUAUCCGUCCAGAACCAAUUGAUAGGGAGUGAUGAGCAAAAUGCCCACUAUGAACUGCAGUCUAACCUUCUUAGUGUACUGACGAGCUGUGUCCGCAAAUUGGGCAAAAACAUCAGUAGCAUCGCGGAUCGUAUCAUGACAGUGUUCUUACAGAUCCUGAACUCUCAAAGCAAACACUCCACUACCAAGGAAGAUGUUUUCAUCGGCGUCGGUGCCUUAAUAAGCGCACUAGAAGCAGAUUUUGGACGAUACCUUGAACCAUUUAUGCCCAUCUUGUAUAGUGCUCUUCAACAUCCCGAAGAAUAUCAGUUGUGUGGCAUCGCCAUUGGACUGAUUGGCGAUAUCUGUCGAGCCCUAGGAGAAAAUGCCGUCCAGUACAGUAAUGCGUUCAUGGAACUAUUGAUUCAGAACCUUCAAAGCCCAGUGCUCCAUCGAAAUGUCAAGCCUGCUAUUCUUUCAUGUCUUGGUGAUAUUGCCUUGGCCAUUGGCGGGCAAUUCGAGUCAUACUUGAACGUCACCAUGAUGGUCCUCCAGCAGGCUGGUAACAUGAGAGCAGACAAGACUAAUUUGGAUAUGAUCGAGUAUGUCAAUCAAUUACACGAAGGAAAUGUUGAAGCUUAUGUUGGCAUCGUUCAAGGACUUGCGACAGGUGGCAAAACUCCUUUGAUCGCACCCUAUGUGCCUGGGAUGUUCACCUUCCUUAGCAUUGUGGCUGAGGAUGAGUAUAAAUCAGAUACCCUUGUUAGAAGUCUUGUAGGUUUAAUUGGUGAUUUAGCGGAUGCUCUGUAUGGUACGGAUGGCAAGCAGUUCUUCCAGGUAGACUGGAUAACCCAAACCCUCAGAGAGGCGAGAUCUAGCAGGCAUUACUCCCAGAGCACCAAGGAAGUGGCAAGGUGGGCCAAAGAAAUGGUGAAACGUACUUUGCAAUCAUAGAAUAUUGUGCCUUUCAAAUUACAUAUUACCCUCAAAAACAAUUUUUUUUAUACAUAUUCAAAUUCUCCACCACUAAAGUUGCGCUUUUGAGCAUUCUCGCACUUUUAUUAUCCAGCGAGCACA